AUGGCUUCUAAUUACAAACUUGCCAUCACUUUCUCUGCAGUGCUGACCCUCCUUGUACUGUUACCCACACUCACAGUGGGAGAGCUUGUACAAGAACAACCUCUAGUUCUCAAAUACCAUAACGGUCAACUCCUUAAAGGACGCAUCACCGUUAAUCUCGUUUGGUACGGUACAUUCACCCCCAUCCAACGAUCGAUAAUCGUCGAUUUCAUCAACUCUGUUAGCACCACCGGUGCUCCUCUUCCAUCAGCCGCGGCAUGGUGGAAAACCACCGAGAAAUACAAGGUAGGAUCCUCUGCGCUAGUCGUAGGGAAACAGUUCCUGCACCCUGCUUAUACUCUCGGGAAGAAUCUAAAAGGAAAGAAUCUUCUUAGUUUAGCCACCAAGUUCAACGAACUUUCUUCCAUCACCGUUGUUCUUACCGCCAAAGACGUCAACGUUGACGGUUUCUGUAUGAGUCGCUGCGGGACCCACGGCUCUGUUCCAAGUGUCAGCAGUGGAGCAAGAACCCCUUACAUAUGGGUUGGAAACGCUGAGACACUAUGUCCUGGACAGUGCGCGUGGCCUUUUCACCAGCCUAUUUACGGGCCGCAAUCACCGCCGCUGGUUGCACCUAAUGGUGACGUAGGUGUUGACGGAAUGAUCAUCAACUUAGCCACGCUUUUGGCCGGUACUGUCACGAAUCCCUUUAACAACGGUUACUUCCAGGGGCCGGCGACAGCGCCGCUUGAAGCUGUUACGGCUUGUCCUGGGGUUUUCGGUAGUGGAGCUUACCCCGGUUAUGCGGGUCGGGUUCUUGUUGAUGGGACUACUGGUUCGAGCUAUAAUGCGCACGGUGCUAACGGGAGGAGGUACCUUCUGCCCGCAAUGUGGGACCCGCAGACUUCAGCAUGUAGGACUCUUGUAUGA